AUGUCGACCACCGUCCCAGUCGUCGCCAAGUCGAAGUCCAAGUCGGCGUCGGGUUCUCGAUCGGGGUCGGUCUCGGCUUCGGGUAGACCUUCUCGGGCUGGGUCGUCGGCUUCGUUGUCGGCUAAGGGUACUGUUUCUCAUUACUAUGAUUCUGCUGGAGCGGGCGAUUGGUCUGGUUCUGAGACAUCUGGGUCUGGGUCAGUAUCUGGGGCUGAGGUCUCGUUUCAGCAGCGCGGUUCUUUCCCGGAGGCGGGUUUGACUGUGUCGAGCGAGACUGUCUUGCCUGGGUUUGGAUCUCGUGUUCCGCUUUCGAACUCCGCGCCUAGCUCCUUGGCUGAUUAUCCCGCUGUUUCGGAGGCGCUUUUUGAUUCUGCGUACUCCCUCGUCCCUUCGUCGUCGGCGGUUUCAGAUGCCCAGCUUGUGCAGGCGUUGUCGUCGGUUAGUCCGCUCGAAGGGGCAAACCCCUUUGAAUUCCCGCUGGACCCUGCGCUGGCGUUGGGGGAUAUCGGGUUGGGUUCUUUGGAUGAUGUGAAUAUGAGCAUGGAUGUGGAAUUGCCACCUGUUGAAGAGGGCUUUCAUGUUGAGGAUUGGUCGAGGUAUAUGUGGUCGCCAGAGACUGGGUUUGAACAUCUAGAUAUGGGCAUUACUCCUGUGCUUCGAUAA